UGGUUGGUUCUCUUACUUUAGAAAAGGCUAAAAUUUGACGAGAUGUCAAAAACAUAUGAUUAUUACACUGUCAAUGUCAAUAACGUCAGAGCGUUCGUGGAGCGUUCUUUUCAUCCAAAGUAGGGUUAAGUAAAUCAUGGAAGAAUUAUUAUGAAAAAAUCGAUUAUAAAUGUAAAUUUUGUAAAAUAAAAUUCAACUUUUGGUUAGUUUUAGUACCAGGUUAAUAAUACAGCGUUAAUGAUGUCUUUGGAACAAACAGCAUGUGAAGAUUUAAAAGCCUUCGAGAGACGAUUGACUGAAGUUAUAGCCUGUUUACAUCCAUCAACGACAAGAUGGAGAAUUGUGCUCCUUGGAGUUUCAUUGUGUGUUGCGACGGGGGCUAGUCAGUGGAUCCUUGACCCAGAAACUAGGAUAGUAUCAUUAUCACAAUCUUUAACGAAUCAUCCAUUCUUCAUUUUGUCUACUAUUGUUUUGAUUGUGAUAUUACUACUAGGUGUCCACAAACGUGUCAUUGCUGCAUCCAUAAUAACCUCAAGGACUCGAGAGGUCUUGAGUGACUUCAACAUGUCAUGUGACGAUAGUGGUAAAUUAAUUCUUCGACCUAGGCCAACAAAUAUUACCUGACGGUUACGUUUGUGUAAAUGUGUUUUGUAAAUAUUUGUUCAAUAUAAUAUUGUUUUGUAAUAGACCUGGAUUUUUAUUACUAUGGAUUUUAUUUCAAGUAAAUCC